AAAAACAUGAUUGUUUGGUCGAGAAUUUGAGAGGAGAACUCUCGAGUCCUCGACAUCUUUCAUUUAGAACAAGGAUCAAAGUCAAUGAUAAAUGAUUGUACGUAACAUUACUCUUUUCUAUAUCCUAGCGAUGGUAGUAGAGAUUUUUGGUGGUGUGAAAUCCAACAGCCUUGCAGUUAUCACAAAUGCAGCCCACUUGCUCUCUGAUGUUGGAGGGUUCUCCUUUAACUGUAUGGGCUUCAGGUUUGGCGGCAACAUCACGCUGCAAUAUUCGUCUCGAGGGCUUGGUUACAAUCACUACCACAAGCACAAUCAUCAUGCCAGUGGACAUUUGGUUCAUGAAGAUCAUGAGAGAGAAUAUGCGACAACCGAAGAGAAGACUAACUUGGCGUCAGAUUCUCCAGAGAAAAACCAAGAUAUUAAACAUAAAUAUCCAUGGAGCUUACCUCCAUGUCAUGACUGAUCUGAUUCAGUUUGUGGAGGAGGUAUCAUAUGGGCAAAACCAAAUUGGACGAUUGGUUUGUAGUUGAUCUGAUCUGUACUCAAAUAUUUGCAGUUCUUGCUUGAGGUAUUAUUGUGUUCAUGCUCAGAAACAUAUAUGAUAUAUUGAAGGAGAGCACUCCGAAUGAGAUUGAUAUUUAUGAGCUUGAAAAUGGCUUCAACUGUAAUAAAGGAGUUCAGGAUAGUCAUGACCAACAUGUUUGGGCCAAUGGCGGGAAAAUUGUAUUGCCCUGCCAUGUAAUAGCCGAACCUUUAGUUUGCUCAAGUGAAUUAAUCUGCUAGA